AUGAAUCAUUUUGGACUAUCUUUGAUAUUUUUAUUCAUCUUAACUCAAUUUAUACAAUUUGAGUUACUAUAUACUCAAACAACCAGUUCAAUAAAAUUUAUAAAAAAUUAUCCAAGAGAUAUUAUAAUUAAGGAUGAUAAAGAUGUAACUUUCAACCAAGAACCACCAGAGGAUGGUAAAGCACCAGAGGAUGAAGCACCAGAUGAUGAUGAAGCACCAGAUGAUGAUGAAGCACCAGAGGAUGGUAAAGCACCAGAGGAUGGUAAAGCACCAGAAGAUGGUAAAGCACCAGAGGAUGGUAAAGCAGCAACACCAGCAGACGGUAAAGCACCACUACCAGCAAACGGAAAAGCUCCAGCUACAGCAAAAAAACCUGCAGCAUCUCAAUCUCCAGUAAUACCUAAAGCGGUGAAAAAAAAUAAUACGGGUAUUAUCGCUGGUUCAGUGGUUGGAGGAAUAAUUGGGGCUAUUAUUUUGAUUAUAAUUUCUUUAUUUGUGUUUAAAAAAUAUAAACAAAAAAAUAACACAAUAUUAACUCCCGGAGAUUGUGAAAAUGUAAUAAUGCCAAACUCUGGAUCAAUUAAAGAUAAAGAAUUACCAACAGCUCCUAGUGAGAUAUUUAUUUCACAUGAUCAAAAAAUUGCAAAUAAUUUUAUAGAAAAUCAUCAGAAUUAUAAAGAUGAGCAAGUAGUUGUUAUUUCUCCUCAACAAGAAGAACACAUGAUUCAACAACUUAGACAAGAGAUUUCAAAAGAUAUAAAAGAUAUAAAAAAUGAAAUCGCUAAUCAAAAUAAACAAGAUUAUUCAUCAAGUGAAAAAGCUUUAUUAAAUCAGCUAACAGAAGAAAUACAAGAAUUAAAACAACGUUUAAGUAAACAAAAUGAUUUAAAUAAUUCUAGAGAAAAUAUAUUUAAUAUUGAUGAUGAAGUCAUAAAUAAACUAAGAGAAGAAGCUUUGCAAGAGAUUAAGCAAGAAAUCAAACAGACAACUCCAUCUCCAUCUGCCAAAGCUAAAGCGGCAUCUGGCAAUGAUAAAGCGGAAAAAAAAAAUAAUACAGCUUUAAUCACUAGUUCAGUGGUAGGAGGAAUAAUUGGAGCUAUUAUUUUGAUUAUAAUUUCUUUAUUUGUAUUUAAAAAAUAUAAACAAAAAAUUAACACCAUUUUAACUCCCGGAGAUUAUGAAAAUGUAAUGCCAAUUUCUGGAUCAGUUAAAGGUAAAGAAUUACCAACCGCUCCUAGUGAGAUAUUUAUUUCACAUAAUGAUCAAAAAAUUGCAAAUAAUUCUAUAAGCGAUUAUCAGAAUUACAAAGCUGAGCAAAUUGUUAUUUCUCCUCAACAAGAACAAAAUAUAAUACAACAACUUAGACAAGAAAUUUCAAAAGAUAUAAAAGUUGAAAUUGCUAAUCAAAAUGCUCAGCUAAAAGAAGAAAUACAAGAAAUUAAACAAGUAUUAAGGCAAAGUUUAAGAAAAGAUAAUCAGGGUGAUUCAUUAAAUAUCUCUAAAGAAAAUAACAUUGGUGAUGAAGUAAUAAAUAAGCUAAGAGAAGAAGCUUUACAAGAUAUUAAACAAGAAUUCAAAGAUAGUUUAAGAAGUAAAGUUUUUACUUAA